AGGCCGCGCCGUUGCUAUGGAGACGGGGCGCACCGGAAGUGGCGGCUCCUCCACCUUCCCACAAGCCCUUGCGCCAAGAUGGCGGCGCUGGGAGGCGGCGGGACGCGAUGGCGGCGGGCCUGGCUGCCCGCCCUGCAGCUGCUGCGGCGCGGCUCCAAGGCGGUGACCCGGCACUGGAAGGCGAUGCACCUGCAGCGGCAGAAGCUGCUGGCCCUGACCGAGUUCCUGCCCCCGCGGCCGGCCGUGCCCCCGCGCUGCCUGCCCCGCCACGGCACCGGGGAACCGCGCCAGGUGAGGCCCGGCCCGGCACGGCACCGGCACUGGGAGGGGUUUCCUGCGGGCCUGGGCACAGCAGGGGACACAGCCCGGCCUGGCCUGCACAGGGUGUGGAGUGCUGUGGGGAGCUGUGUCCAUGCAGAGGAGGGGUGGGCAGCCUGCAGGGCCGAGCAGUCCCUUCCCAAAGGUCUGGAAUAUUCCACGCCCAUCCCGACCUGCCCUUUUCCAGGCGCCUGCAUCGACGGCACCAUCCUGAGCCGGCAGGGCGUGGAGAGCUUCGCCCGGCUGCCGUCCCUGGAGGUGUCCCAGGGGCAGACGGUGGCAGCCCUGUCCCUGCUGUCCUCCCAAACCUCCUCCCUGCUCCAGCGGGGUCCCGCUCACCUCACGGCGCUCCUGGACGAGCACAUCCGACGGCUGCGGGACACGGCGGGAGCCGCGGAGCCUCCCCCGGGCCGGAGCUCUGGGAGUCACUGACGCUGGAAAUGGAGAACCAAUUCCUUCCCUGGCCGUGGGAGCCCCCAGGAUAAGGGAUUGGAGGAUGAUGGACACAAUUCCCAUGGAAUCAGCUCCAGAAUGGGCGGUUGGGGACUGGAGGAUUGGCACUGAGGCCCUGCCAGUCCCUUGUGCUCCCUUGGGAAGAUCCCAGCGGCGUUCCAGCUGUCAGCAGGGAUCUCUGGGAUCAGCCAGCGGAGGAGGAGCGCGGGAUGGACCCUCCCAGGGGGAUUUUGGGCACUCCCAGCCCCGUGCCUUGGGAAUGGGGGUGUGCUGUAACACUGAUCCCAGCCUGGGAUCGCUGUCGUGUCCAUUAAAGUGUCUGGAAAUGCUGA